CGUUGCGGAGGCCUUGCGGCACGGUGGGUCCUCGGCCGGUGCUGCUCAGCCCCGGGGGGGUUCCCGUCGUCUCCCAGCUGGAGGCAGCGCCCGAGGCUCCGAGCCCUUUCCCCGGGGGUGUCCGCCCUGCGGGGUUUGUUGUCUCCUCCCCGCCCAGCGUCGCUGGGGGGGGGACCCCCACGGGCGCGCCCCGGCCGAGCUGAGGGUCCCCGCCGUGCCCAGAGGGGUGGAGGAGGCCGGGUCCUCCCCAGGUUCCCCCGGCUGCAGGGGUCGGAGGAGGCGGGAGAAUCGGGGACUGUCCCGGGGUGGAAGGGACCCGUGGGGGCCGUGGGGUCCCGCUCCCUGCCCCUCGCAGGGCUCCCUGCGCCUGAGCCACAGGACGGAGAGAUUGGUCCAGGCGCUCCCUGAGCUCCGCCAGCCGUUUCCUCAGCCAAAGUCCUUUCCCGUUUCUGCUGACUUGGCCCCGGUGCGCGGAAACGGCCUCUUGCGACGCCUUCCCGUCCCCGGUAGAGUUUGCCUGCCUCUGCCGGGCCGCCUGCCGUGCCGUGCCGUGCCGUGCCUUGCCGUGCCGUGCCGUGCCGUGCCGCGGCACCCACCGCCCCGCUCCGGCAUGUGGCUGCUCCUCGUCCUGCUGCAGGCUGCGGUCCUGCCUGCCCAGCUCUGCGAAGCCCCGGGGGAGGCGGCGGCGGUGCAGGAGCUCAGCGCCCGGCUGCUGGGGCUGGCGGGGAACCCGGCGCGGGACCCCGACCCCAGCGUCUACCUGGCCCUUCGACUGGCCGGCGACCACGACCUGCGUGAAGAGGAGCGGUACCUGGCGCGGCUGCGGGACGCCUUCCAGCGCCGCUACGGCCGGAGCCUGCAGGCAGCCGGCCAGCUCCAUGGUCACCCCCAGUGGGACACUACAAGCACCGAGCACAACACGAACGCCGAGGCGGAGUGGCCGGAGACGGGGCGGCUGGCGCUGUACCUGCUGGGUCUGCGGGCCACGUGUCCCCUGCCCGAGCCCGGUUCCCAGCGCUUACUGGUGACAUGGCUGAAGUACUAUCUGGAGGAGGACUGGGCGGGCUCCCGACGGCACGGCCAGCCCCUCACCAGUUACUACCAGUACAGCCUGGGCGUGCUGGCGCUGUGCGUCCACCGCAAGCGGGUGCGGGAGGAGGUGAUCCACCGGCUGCUGGCGGCGGAGCACCACGGCAGGUUCAGGCACACCGGUGGCAGCACCGUGGACACGGAGGCGGUGGCGGCGCUGGCCUUCACCUGCCUGGUGCAGGAGCGGCUGGUUGGGUCCAGGCUGGCGGCGGAGCUGCAGGCAGCCAGGCGCAGGGUGAGGAGGAGGAUGGUGGAGGCGCAGGACCCGGAUGGCUUCUUCGGCAACGUCUACAGCACCCCAUGGGCCAUGCAGGUUUUCAUCGCCACCAACACGUGCCGGACGCAGCCGGCGUACGGCCGGGCCAUGGCUGCGCUGCUAGAGAACCUGGACGCCUUCACCACCGCCGCCACCAUGGCCCAGGUGCUGCCGGUGCUGUAUGGCCGCUCUUACCUGGACAUCGCCUCCAUGCGCUGCCAGGAGGAGCUGGACACACUGAUGCCCAUCAGCGCCAAGCCACCGACUGAGAUGCUGGGGAACAUGACGGUGCGGCUGGUGGUGGAGUGCCCCGAGCCGCGGUGUCCCCAGCACCGGCUCUACGACCGGACGGUGUCCGCGCCCGCCGGCGCCUCCCUCCUGGACGUGCUCAGGGCGGCCACCGUGCAGGGACCCCCCAACUUCACGUUUGUCACCCAGGACACAUCCCAGGGCCCCUUCCUGAGCAGGGUGCUGGGGAUGGAGGCCCGGCAGCAGCAGCGGAGCUACUGGCAGCUCCUCACCGCCCCCGGCACCAGCCUGCAGAUGGGUGUCGCCGACUACAGACCUCAUGACGGGGAGACCCUCAUCCUGCGCCUCAGCGAGUGGUAGAGGGUGGGGGGGACGACGGCAAUGAACCUCCUGCCGUGGCACAGGA